AUGUCGAGGAAAUCGGACAAAGUAAUCAUCGAGCGCGAGUCGUGGGAGACGCCAGGCAGCCCCGACUACCUGGCCGCGAAGCUCACCAUCGUCAAUGCGCAGGUGGCCCUGCGGCCCGGCCGCAAGAAGGGCCAGCUUGGCGAUGCGCCCGACCCCUACGUCGAGAUCGAGUACGCGGGCCGCAUCUGGGAGACCGCCCUGGUGCGUGCCACCCAGCAGCCCAAGUGGAACGAGACCUUCGAGGUGCCCAUCCCGCCCGAACGACGCAACCAGCUGGGCGAGAUCGGCAUCCGGGUGUGGGAUCGCAACAACAGCAAGAAGAAGGGCACCAAGGGCCAGAUCUUCCUGGGCGAGGUGCGCCUCUCGUUGGGCGACUUCGGCGGGGUGAACUUCGAGUACGUGGAGCCGCGGCGCUACCGACUGCGCGCGAGGUCGCCCACAUCCAAGGACGACUCUGUCGAUGGUAACAUCACGUUCAAGAUCGGCAUGGUCCUCCCCAAGAAGCGAGCCUUCCAAGACUUGCAUCCUACGGGACCCAACGGCGAACGCUCCACGCAGAGCUUGAUCGCCGAGUCCGAGUCCAUUGCCGAUGACUCGUAUGAAAGCGUCAUGCGCUCGCUGGCACUCGCAGAGAACACGCGCCAAAUCGGAGCCGACACGCUCGAGAGCCUCGGCAAGCAGGGCGACCAGCUCCGGCGGAUUCAGGAGGAGAUGGACGACAUCGAGGAGCUGCAGGAUCGUGCUGACCGCUCGAUGCGGACCAUCACCUCCGUGGGUGGUGCUCUGGCCAACAAGUUCGCCCCGAAGAAGAGCCGCAGGGACCACGUGACGAAGGGCGACAAGAUGCGGGACAAGCAGAAGCCGGGACGAGACACGGCGCUGGAAGAGGCCGAGGAGGAAGAGGAGGAGCGCAUCCGCCAGCACAAGCGAUCGGGCCAGCACUUCCGCGGCAAGCACAACGACCGCGGCGACCGCUCGUCGAACCUCUACAAGGAGGACUUCUCGCACCUCGGCCAGGACUCGCAGCAAAAGAUCAAAGAAACCGACAAGGGUCUCGACCGGAUAUCCGAUCUGCUCGACGACAUGAAGCUCAUCGCGCUCGACAUGGGCGAUGAGAUCAACGACCACAACAGGAGGCUGGAGAUCCUCAACCGCGACAUCGACACGGCCAACGUGCGCAUGAAGCAAACCAACCGGAAGAUCAAGGAUCGCCUCUGA